CGGGAGCACUAAACCCACCACCAUUGGUAUCGUUACCGCUACCGUUGAGUUCUCCUUUGGAUACGAGGUGGGUACGAAGUAACGUUUUACCAAUGGUCCAGACAGUUUCAUUUAAUCACUUCGUCGUGUAAAUCAUAGAUCAUCAAUAGUCGUCCGUGAAUCUUAUAUCGAGCACGUCGCGUUCGUUUAGAAGAAAAAGAGAGCAGAGGUAUUAGAUAAGAAAAAAGAAGGGAAGAAGAGAAAGAAAUUACAUUUAUAUAUAACGGUCGAACACGCAAUAGAACGUUCAAUUUCUUUCACCAUACCGACGAAUCUCGAGAGCCGGUUCUGUUUCUUUUUUUUUUUUUCUUUCUUUCAUUUCUUUUUCUUUUUUUAACUUCAGUUCUCCCUCUUCUUUUGUUUUUCUUUUGUUCUUCUUUCUUCCAGUUUAUCAGAGCGUUUCAUUCACAAUUGUCGUCAGUAUCCGUUUAGAGAUCGAUUGCUGCGGUGACUUUAACGCUUGGAACGAAAGCUUCCUAGUAAGCUCACGUUUCCUUCUUAUAGUGUUCGAGCCGAUAAAGAUAAAAGAAUUCGAACGGUGUACGUAACGGUGAUAUCUAGGGAGAAAGGAAUUACACGUCGUCUGUCUCGCCGGAAAUUCACAUCGAAGGAAAAUCUUGGAGAGGAUCGCGGAAAAGUUGUCGAAAGGAACGCGACGAACCGUUUGGCCAUCGGUGAUCCAGGAGAGAAACUUCGUUCUCUCGCUUUCUUCUUCUUUUUCUAUUUAUCUCUUACUCUCUCGCUCUACGACCACGACCCACCCUAUUUUCACUCCGGCUUCUUGUGUAUUACAUAAAGAGGUACAUUUUAUUGGCCAGUUAACGAACCCGCGACCGAGUGCUUACUUAAGUGCGUGUGUGUAUGUCCGCGCGAGUGCUCGCGCUUUAAAACCCACAUUUUUCGGAGACGACAAAAGAGCGAGAAAGAAGAACUACUAAAAAACGGAGAAAUCUUUCAUAAAUUUCUGUGGGAGUCAAGGACAAGCAACUGUCGUUUUACCAAGAAAAAAAUAAAAAGUACAAGAAGAAAAAGGAAAAGAAAAAGAAAAAGAAAAAGAAAAAGAAAAAGAAAAAGAAAAAGAAAAAGAAAAAGAAAAAGAAAAAGAAGGAGGAGGAGGAGGAGAAGAAAAGAAAAACGGCCGAGAGUGAAAGUUAUUUUAUUACUCGUUAAAAAUUUCGAUUCACGGUCAGAUCCAUGACCUAAUGUCGUCUGCAAACGUCCUUUAGAUUUAUCCUUUUUUUCUCUCAGAGAAGCGCGUGAAAGCGCGCAGAGGUCAUCGUUGUCUCUUUAUAAUCAUUUGCGAGAUUCCAAGUUACUAGAACUGCAUACUUCGGUCAAUCAGAAAGAAAGAAAACACAAAGGAGUAGUAUCUGGAGUCUAAUUCUAAGACAAUUUUUGAUUCAUCAUCUAUCCAAAUAACGUGAUAUUAUGAGCUUUUACAUCUGUCAGACAAAUAAUAUCCAGAAGUAUUCCCUGACACGAUGUUGGGAGAAGUAACAUGACGACGUGCUUUCUAAACGUAACACAUCGUGGAUUAGCUGUAACGCGAUUUCUAGGUAUUGUCCAAUAAACAGAGCACAAAGCAUCCUAUCGUACAUCCAAUACUUGCAUCUACGUGUGAAAUAUCGACAAAUUGUCUUGAAUUACGUUUGCCGAGACUUUUUCUUUUUUUCUUCAUUCAUCGACCUUUCGACAAGUUCUUUUAUUUAUUCUUUUCUGGAAGGACCGGUUAAGCAAGAUUCGAAUUAAGGAUGAGAUUUAUAACGUCGUUAUUCGGAAAUGGUUCGCCUAAGACUAUGGGAAGGCAAUAUAUGAAAGUUGGAAGAAAUGCACUUCUUGGUAUAAAACCUAAUCAAAAGGAUGGUAUCUGUUCGGAGAAAGUACCAACACCAUUGUCUAUGCUCAUUUCAAGAGGGGGCAAGUUAAAACACAGUAGAAUAGCAGCAAUUUGUUUUGGCCUACUUGCUCUUAUCAUCGGCAUCGUUCUUAGCAGUAUACCAUGGGUAGAUUACAUUAUUUUGAAGCAAUUACGUUUAUGGAAUGGCUCGCUCUCUUUUCAAUAUUGGCAGAAACCUGGAGUUGUUCGAUUGACCAAAGUCUACAUAUUUAAUAUGACCAAUACCGAAGGCUUUUUACAAUUCAAUGAAAAGCCGAAACUUCAAGAAAUCGGUCCUUUCGUUUAUAGGGAAGAUAUGGAAAAAGUCAACAUAGUUUUUCACAAUAACGGUACUGUGACUUAUCAACAUAAGAAAAUUCUAAAUUUCGUUCCUGAAAUGUCCAGAGAUGGAGAGCUCAAAGUAAUGGUUCCUAAUAUUCCACUACUUACACUUUCGACGCAAAGCAAGAGUCUACCUCGAUUUAUCACGAUCGGUUUAUCGAUGUUUCUAAGUGGAAUGCAAAUGAAACCAUUUAUUCCUCUUACUGUUCAAGAACUUGUAUUUGGUUACGAUGAUCCACUCGUUAGUAUAGCGCAUCGAUUUUUUCCGAUAAGUCGGCGUCCUAUGAGUAAAAUAGGAAUUCUAAAUGGCAGAAACGGUACGUUAAGUGAGGUAUCGACAAUAUAUACCGGACACACAGAUAUGAAAGUAUUUGGUCUUAUAAAUCGAUUAAAUGGAUUGGAUCAUCUACCUUAUUGGCCAGAAGCACCAUGCAAUUCUAUCAUAGCUUCCGAAGGUUCAUUCUUUCCUCCACGAGAUAAAACCGGAUCGGAUAUCGUUCAUAUUUGGGACAAAGACCUCUGCCGUGUUUUACCAUUGCAAUAUCGUGGACCAGUAAAAAAUAGUUCCAUAAAAGCAGAUUUAUAUACGCCACCGGAAAUGGUUUUCGGACUGCCAGAUGAUAAUAAUCCAGAAAAUAAAUGCUUCUGCUCGGAUGAUUUUUCUACUUGUCCAAAAAAAGGAUUACAAAAUAUCAGUCCUUGCCAAUACACUGCACCAAUCUACAUAUCUUUUCCACAUUUCUAUCAAGCUGAUACGGAACUUUUAGACGCUGUUCUAGGAUUAAAACCAGUCCCGGAAUUACACGAAACUUAUUUUAAAAUACAACCGAAACUCGGUGUACCUAUAGAAGGAAAAGUUCGAAUACAGAUAAAUUUAAAGGUAGAACGACAGCCGAAUAUUGGGGUGGUCGCGAACUUUCCUGAUAUAGUGUUUCCGAUUAUGUGGCUCGAAGAAGGUAUCGAAGAAUUGACACCAUCGAUCAGAAGAUGGGUUUAUUUGGCUACAACAUUCGCGGACGUUGCAGUACCAUGUGUCAGUUACGGGUUGAUUCUAGUCGGUUUGAUAACUAUAAUCGUGGUCUUCGUUAAGGCUUACAACAACGUGGUGUUUACACACGAAGCAAUAGAGUUAGGAAAGAGGACUAUUAGAAGAGGAUCGUCCUUCUUAGUAAAUCAACAGCAUCGAUUACUCGUUAAUAAAGACUCCAAUUAUGUUUUAUUAAGUAACGAUAUCGAAGAGAUAUCUACUGAUGUAGUUGUAUGAUCGAAACUUUUAGAUAAAGAACGAAACGAAACGAAACAAUAAGGAAUGAAACGGAAUGAUAUGAAAGAAGAAAAUAAUACAUAAUACCAAUGACAUUAAUAUUAGAUGAUAAGACAUUAUUCCAUAAGACGAAACUACCAUACGUUCGAUAUGUCACACCAAAGUUUCGUAAAGAUUCGUCGGGGAACUAAUAAAACGAACGGUUAAGUGUGCUAUAAAUAUGAUAACACGCAACGCGUUCAUUACUUUCUUCGUUCAAUAAAGGUUUAAAAGUACAGGUCGCGAGAAACGUCCCGAAAAGAUCGUUUCAUUUUUGUUAUGUCUGUGAUGCCGUCCCUUUAUUUAUAAUCCUCAAAAUAAAAGCUAACGUGAUUUAGGCCGCAUCAAAUUGGUCGACGAUCGAAACGAACUUGCCUUUUCUCUUAUUCCAUUAAUUAAAUUGUUAUGUUUCUCUUCGUUGACCAGUUGAGAUGCUCUCGGUUAAAAUCUAGUGCAAUAUUAGGAUCAUAUAUUUUAAUAUAUUUUCUAUCAAUGACUACCAAAUUCUAAUGUCGAACAAAUAUAUAUAUUGAUGUACUCUUAUUAAAAGAUAUAACAAUUACUGAAAUAUUUCGAAAUAUAUGAGACGUUUUUAGAUUAGCUAAGCUGAUCUAACUACUUAUAGGGAUUAAAGAAA